AUGCCUACUAUAUUUGCACUGGACACCUUGAUCCAAACUUCAGAAAACAAGAGGAUAAGACAGCACGUCAAAGAACUCUACAUAUGCUGCUCAAUAUACCAAGACUGCAAGAGGAAGUCCAAUCUUAACAACUCCUCGCGUCGGUUGCAAGAAGAUGAGCUUCCAUUCGAGAAUGCGAGUACGCCGGCGCAAGGAGCCACGAAUGAGACCAUUGAGCUCGUUCGACAUGGCAGGUUCGAAAAACGACUCAUCAUCGCGCUCCGCAACCUCAACAUCACGCACAUGACAGUUUAUGAUUACCGUGGGCCGAGAAAGGCUGUAUCGGCUCUCAAACCCGGGUGGACGCAGCUCGUCCAGCAUACUGGCCGAGUUCCAUUUACAGCAGCAGGAUGA